GGCUGCACUUGUCGCGCCACAGAGGGUUUGCCGUGGCGUCGGGGUCUAAAAGGACAGAGCGUUUUGAGGGACGGAGAGCUUCACGAUGAUGUCUGCAGCAGGAAACUGGGCCUCUCCCUUGGCGGCUGUCAUGGCCGUGCUGACCUGUGCGUUGCUCCGGGGCGCUCGGGCAGGAGUGGUGGGGGACUUCAACCAUCAGGAGCGCUGUAAGGACUCCCUCUACAUGGGCACCCCACCCAGAGGCUACCUCCGCAACUCCUUCACCAAGAUCUGCCAGAGGUACGAGGACAAACCCCGCUACGUCACCCUGUACGACCCCCACAAACACAUCCCCAUCUAUUCGGCCUAUACGUUCAAGAAGUCAGACGGGGAGAAGAGGGUGGACUUCCCGUGGAUGUUUGAGCCCCAGCUGGCCUCAGAGAAGAGCACCAGCAACAUGCAGCCCUUCCCCCAAUCCUCCAGCAUGCAUAUGAACUUCGAGGACACCCAGGCCGUCCUGGAGGACUACGCUGACGUGGUGCAGUACGAACGUGGCCAGCUGAAUCCCGACGAGCAUCAGAGUGACCCUCUGGACAAAGCCUCCACCUACAGUUUGACAAACGUGGUGCCCCAGAUCAGGGAGUUCAACCUGGGCCCCUGGGCGGAACACCAGGACCUCGUCCGCAAGCGCCUCAACAACUACUGCCGCGGCAAAGCCUUCGUGGUCACCGGGGUCACCACCUCCGGGCACACCAUCCGUCGCAACAACCUGGACAGGGUGGCCGUGCCGGAGUACAUGUGGUCGGCCUACUGCUGCACCGAGUUUGACCAAAACGCACCAUACUUUGUGCGCUACAAGUUCCCGGUGUUUGCAGCUUAUGGGCUGAACGAUCGCGUCAACAACCACAUGGUGGAAGUUCCUCUCAAGAACCUGGAGAAGUUUCUCAAGGGGAGGAUGGAUGUGGAUAAGAACUUCCAGAUUUUCUACAACGACUGUGUACCAGAUAAUUGAGAUAAAGUGAUCUUUG